AUGGAUAGAAUUCUAGCUCGGAUGAAGAAAUCGUCGGGUCGGAGAGGGGAUAAGACGCCGCCGGUACGGCGGUUAGAGCGGCGAGACGCGGCGAAGGAUAUCAAUUACGACGCAGCUUCUUCUUCCAGCUCGUCAGCUGGAGAUCUUUCCGUUUCGACUUCUUCUCUGAUGACUCGGUCUCUGGAGUUUCCCGAUCGAACCAGUUUCCGAAUCAUCGGAGGAGGCGACGGCGAGAUGGAUCGGAUUUAUCGGUCCCUUGGGGUUUCUGGUCCUGACGAUUUAGCGAUUUCCUUUGACGCCUGGGAAGCUUGCAAAAAGAAGCGCUCUUCCUCAGAUGUUGUUAAUAGGUUUAAGUCUCUUGAGCUCGAUAAUCCCAAGUUUCAGGUCCCGGAUUUGAGUGAAGCAGGUCCUAGUGUUGAUGUUGUUGCUUCUAAUUCAGCGACUCGGGAUGUUACUGAGUCGACGCGUUCCGAGUUGAGCGAGAUUGGGGAAAUUAGCAGUGUAGUUGAUCGUGGUAUAGCAGAGAACAAGCCUAGUCUUCAGAGAGCACCGACGAUUUUGGUGAAGUCGAGAGGGUAUCUGGUCCCAAAUCCCGAUAAGGCUGUGGCUGUGGCUGUUGUUGGUGGUGGUGGGGGCGGUGGUGGUGGGAUAAAGGGGAUAAGACCACCGGUGCUUAAGCCUCCUCCGUCAAUGAAACGGCUUUCAAUGGAUCAUCAGGGAUCAUCGUGGGAUUUUCUUGAGCAUUUCGCUCCUCAAGAAAGUGAAACAGUUAAGCGGCCAAGCUCUUCCUCUUCUGAUGAGGAGGAGGACGCGGUGGUGGAAGAGGAAACGGAAGAGACGGAAGCGAGGUUUCUCCAGUCGUCGGCGGAUACAGCUGAUGAGGCGUGCUCAUUCACCACAAACGAAGGUGGUGACUCGUCGAGCACAGUAUCUAAUACUUCUCCGAUUUAUCCGUCGGCAUCAUCUAUCAUCAAUUCAUGGCAGAAAGGUCAACUUUUGGGACGAGGAUCAUUUGGCUCCGUGUAUGAAGGCAUUUCAGAAGGUGGGGACUUCUUUGCUGUGAAGGAAGUUUCACUGCUUGAACAGGGAAGUGAGGCACAAGAAUGCAUACAACAACUCGAGGGGGAGAUUGCACUACUUAGUCAGCUUCAGCAUCAGAAUAUCGUGCGAUAUCGUGGGACAGCCAAGGACGGGUCGAAUUUGUACAUCUUUCUUGAGCUUGUAUCCCAAGGGUCCCUUCUAAAGCUCUACCAAAGGUACCGGCUUAAGGACCCUGUAGUCUCCUUGUACACUAGACAAAUCCUUGAUGGUUUGAAAUAUCUCCACGACAAAGGUUUUAUCCACAGGGACAUCAAAUGUGCAAACAUAUUGGUGGACGCAAGUGGAGCAGUUAAACUCGCUGAUUUCGGAUUGGCAAAGGUGUCGAAACUGAAUGACAUUAAGUCCUGCAAAGGAACUCCAUUCUGGAUGGCUCCAGAGGUUAUUAACCCGAAGCGUACAGAUGGGUAUGGAAGUUCAGCUGACAUAUGGAGCCUUGGGUGCACAGUGCUUGAAAUGCUGACUGGCAAGAUACCUUACUGCGAUCUAGAAAACCCUGUUCAAGCACUGUUUCGGAUAGGAAGGGGUGUGCUUCCGGAGAUACCGGACACUCUAACACCAGACUCUCAGGAUUUCAUACUGAAAUGUCUCAAAGUGAACCCGGAAGAGCGGCCAACUGCGGCUGAGCUGCUGAACCAUCCGUUUGUGAGAAGGCCCUUAUCAUCCUCGGGGUCGGGGUCAGGCUCGGGAUUGGGAUUUGGGAUUAGGAUCUUGGCUUCUCCAUAG